ACGCGCAGCCCGACGCAUUUUGAUGACGCCAUCACCAGCGAGUCACAACAACAACAACAACAGAACUCAGCUGUUCAGCAGCUAGCAGCCUGGUUGUCCUGGUUACUGAAGACUCUUAGUUACAGGGCUUGUUUUUAAUUUAAGAUUUGUAUAAGUUGCUCUUCAGUUACUGAGGCGUUCGCACAUAAAGCAGAUUCUAUAAAAUCCCCAACAACGCGAUGUGAUGAGGUUUGAUUUGAACCUCCUUUGUCUCCUGUCUGCUAACGUUAGCUGCUAGCAGGUUAGCCUGUUAGCUGAGGACGGACCAAAAGACUUCCCCAGGCCAGAAAUAUUUAUGGCAAAGCCAGACCGCAAGACCACUUGGUGGAGAUUCUGACCUCCACCAAUGACCACCAAUAUUAUUUCGUCAUCUGUCAUCAUGUCACCACGAAAAAGACACCUGGUCCCUGUGAGCAGCCGGCGGAAAGCAGUGGACGACUACUUCCCUUUCAACUUCCUGCCGGUGGAGUGCCAGCUGCAUGUCCUGUCCUUUCUGAAUGAGGUGGAUAAAUGUAGCUGUGCUCUGGUCUGCUUGAGCUGGAGCUGCCUCGUCCGCUCAUGGAAGCUGUGGCGGGUAGCAGACUAUUCCCGUCGCGGCGUCUUCCAUCUGGGUCAGGAGGGUCUGCUCGUUUCCAAUCGUGAGUUCGAGAGGUGGAAAUCUUGGGUCCACCAUUACACCCAUCACCUCAUCUCCCGGAGAGCCAGCCUGCUCACGCUGAAGGCCAGCUUCGACAUUGGGGAUCGCUGCAACAAGUGGGGCGAGCUGUUGCGUCACCUGCUGGAUAAUGUCCACUGCAGAGACCUCAGCCACCUGGACCUUAACUGGACAUUUACUCUUCUUGAGCCGCUGGACCUCAGGGUCCACUCCAGCUCCAGUUCGCACCAGGACAGCAUUACCAAGAUGGACCAGGUGACCAGUUUCCAAGAGCUGCUGACCAAACUCACCCACAGCUGCCCUCGCAUCUCCAAGAUGCGGUUACACUUCGACUGGUCGGAUGAGUCCGUGUCGUUGCUCACCCAGUUCCAGCAGCUCCGAGUCCUCGAGGUCAAAUAUUUCUGGGUCUUUAAAGGAGUGACUCCCUUGACGCUGCAGACCCUGACCAAAUCCCUGCCUAAUCUGAAGUCUCUGACUUUACAAAUCCUGGUGCCGCUGAGGAACCUGGGCAUCUCGUACAUUCUGGAGUCUCAAUCUCUGGAGUUCCUGGACGUGUCCCCCAGCCGAGGCUUGGUCUUCUCUUGUCUGAAGCUACCUGCCCUGCGCGAGCUUCGAGCCAAGAAGAUCGUCCGUGGCAUCACGCUGGACCGGAGGACCAGGCUGAGGAUCCAGAUGCGGUGGCCCUGUCUGUACCACGUCCUCCGGGAGGGGACGCCGAAGCUCCAGGCCCUCAACAAUGAGAGACUACUUCCCACGUGGAGAGAGGAGAGCUACGGGGAUCUUUCUGCCAUCCUGGAACAGUCCUGUUACUGUGUUCAGCAUCUAGACAGCUGGCUUUGCAAAGGUGAUUGCAGUGUGCUGUGCCGGCCUGGAUUCAUUUCCACCAGAGCUCUGCACUGGAAAAAUGACAACAUUAACUACAACUCUACCUGAGCCAAGUGUGCAUGGUCUAUUGUGAGAAGAUGACUAGAUGACAAGAGUGUAAUGGCUACUUAGAGUUGUGGAGACUGACUUUUAAACAUUCAAAGAGAAAACUAUGAUGGAACAAAUGGACUUGCAUUUAUAUAUAGUACUUUUCUAGUCUUCCGACCACUCAAGCACACUUUCAUAUGCUGAUGGCAGAGGCUGCCAUGUAAGGUGCCAACCAUCAGGAUCUAAUCUAAAUACAAUUUGGGGUUCUGGCUCAAGGACAUUUCAACAUGUGACCGGAGGAGCCGGGGAUCGAACCGCCGACCUUCCGAUUGGUGGACGACCUGCUCCACCCUCUGAGCCACAGCCGCCCGAACAGUGAAUGUACAACCUUAAUUUUUUACCGAAAACAUGAAUAAUCAAAAAAACAAAUACAAUAGUUGAGUUUAAAAUUCAAAGCACUAGGGGGGAAAAAAAUGUAUGUGAAAUUUUUAUUUUCAUUCCUUUUUACCAUGAGCCUCCACUGUUUCUGCUUCUGACAGCUGAGGAAUGGAGGCAGUGCUUUUGCAGUUAUCUUUCUAAUCACUAGAGGUCCUUAUUGUCAAAGAUUUGGCCACGGAGGGUCUUAACAACAGAAACUUUUGUUUACACGUGCACUAGGGUAACAUCUGUCUCUUAAACCAAUGGAUACUGAUCAUUUCACUCCAGUACUCAGUACUCGUGCUCAUGUGUUGUAGGUGCUCGAGGGUGUUUAGUCUCUUCAGAAUAUAUCGAGGUAUAUAUGUGAGAUGUGGCUGAUAUGAUGAACGUUUUGAGUGUAGAACAUUUCACAAGAUUGUUCAUAAAGUACACUGUAUUCAA